AUGACUAAGAGAGAGGCAGAGGAGCUGAUAGAAAUAGAAAUUGAUGGAACUGAGAAACAGGAAUGCACGGAAGAAAGCAUCGUUGAGCAAACGUACACCACAGCAGAAUUUGUGAGUCAGGCUAUUGACAUCAAUGAACCAAUUGGAAAUCUUAAGAAGUUGCUGGAACCCAGACUGCAGUGUUCCUUGGAUGCACAUGAAAUUUGCCUGCAAGAUAUCCAGCUGGACCCAGAUCGAAGCCUUUUUGAUCAAGGAGUAAAAACAGAUGGAACAGUGCAACUCAGUGUGCAAGUAAUAUCUAGGCAAGGGAUAGAGCCCAAGCUGAACAUCCUUGAAAUUGUGAAGCCUGUUGAGACUGUGGAAGUAGUGAUUGAUCCAGAUGCUCAUCAUGCAGAGGCUGAAGCUCACCUUGUUGAGGAAGCUCAGGUGAUAACCUUGGAUGGAACAAAACAUAUUACAACAAUUUCAGAUGAAACCUCUGAACAAGUGACACGAUGGGCUGCAGCGUUGGAAGGCUACCGAAAGGAGCAGGAGCGCCUUGGAAUACCCUAUGACCCAGUGCAGUGGUCGACAGACCAGGUGCUCCAUUGGGUGCUGUGGGUGAUGAAGGAGUUCAGCAUGACUGACAUUGACCUCAAUGCGCUCAGCAUUCCCGGGCGGGAGCUCUGCAGCCUCAGUCAAGAAGACUUCUUCCAGCGCGUCCCGCGGGGAGAAAUCCUCUGGAGCCAUUUGGAGCUUCUUCGAAAGUAUGUGUUGGCUAGCCAAGAACACUCUGGAGAAAUAGCAACUGUUACUAUUGAUCAGCCUGUGCAGAUUAUUCCAGCAUCUGUACAGCCUGCUACCCCAACCACCAUUAAAGUAAUAAACAGCAGUGCAAAGGCAGCUAAAGUACAGAGAGCUCCAAGGAUCUCUGGGGAAGAUAGAAGUUCCCCUGGGAACAGAACAGGAAACAAUGGCCAGAUCCAGUUGUGGCAGUUUUUAUUAGAACUUCUCACUGACAAAGAUGCUCGGGACUGUAUUUCUUGGGUUGGCGAUGAAGGAGAGUUUAAAUUGAAUCAACCUGAACUGGUUGCACAAAAAUGGGGACAGCGCAAAAACAAACCCACGAUGAACUACGAGAAGCUUAGUCGGGCUUUGAGGUAUUACUAUGAUGGAGACAUGAUCUGCAAAGUGCAAGGCAAGAGGUUCGUGUACAAAUUUGUUUGCGACUUGAAAACUCUCAUUGGCUACAGCGCAGCAGAGUUGAAUCGGUUGGUCACAGAAUGUGAGCAGAAGAAGCUAGCCAAGAUGCAGCUUCAUGGCAUUGCACAGCCAGUUACAGCAGUGGCACUAGCUACAGCAUCCCUGCAAACAGAGAAAGAUAAUUAAGCACUAGGACCUGAAAUUGGGAGCCUGAGGCCUUUCCUAUAUAACGAGAGCAGUUGCUGCUCUUACCUUUAUCAGAAUUGGAAACUUCUUUUGUUCCUUGACAGUACAACGUAGAGCAUGAUUUUCUAUAAAGAACUGGGACUCGCGUAAAUUUGGAUCUUUUAACAGCAUAUAUUUCAAUAUAAGUUAAGGGAUCACCACAAAUUCUGCCACUUUGAGUCAGGGCCUCUGUCGUAUGCAAUCUGGAAUUGGUGAGAAAGGUUGAACCGGUCAGUGCUCUGUGUCCACAGCUGUGCAAAGUAGUUUUUGCAGCGCUUU